AUGGUGCGCGACAACAUGGACCUGCAGGAGCGCGUGUCGUACAUCCAGUCGUAUAGCAAGCCCGAGGGCGGGCACGAGACCAAGGAGGGCGACUUUAGCGCGAUCAAGACGCCGAGCGAGCUGGAAGACGGCGCCCUCGUCGCGGGCGGCGCCCUGGACCUCUGCUCCCGACAAGCCUUCGGCAUCUUCUCCAACUACGCCGCCAUCGGGACGUCUGCGUACAGCUCGCUCGUGACACUCGGCUGGUCGUUCAAGGCGUUCAUGGGGAUGUUCUCGGACUGCUUUCCCAUCUUUGGCUACCGCCGCAAGUCGUGGAUGUUGAUCGGGUGGACGGCGACCAUGAUCUGUUUGUCCAUCAUGACGUUUUCGUCGCUGGGCGACCCGUACUGCGACCGCAUCAAGGCCAAGGCGAUGAACUCGACGGCGUGCAGCCGCGUGUACUCGCGUGCGUCGCCCAAGGAGAAGGAGCUGUUCAACUUGGCGGCGCCGGACCAAGGCACGAUGUUCAUCAUCUUGUCCAUGUUUGUGUCGCUGGGGUAUGUGACGGCCGCGUGUGCGUCGGACGCGAUGGUGACCGAGUACUCGCAGCGCGAGCCGGAUGCGAUCCGCGGCCGCGUCUUGACGGGGAUCUACACCGUGCGCACGAUCGCGAGCAUCCUGGCGCAGGUCGUGAUUGGGUUUGGCUUGAACGGCCCCAACUACCUCGGGUCGUUCUCAUUCUCGAUGGCGCCGAACGUGCCGUACGGCAUCUGCCUCGUGCCUUGCGUGCUCGUGGUGCUGUCUGUGAUCUUCGUGCUGGAAGAAACCAAGGUGCCUGCCCGGCCGUUCCGGGAGUGGGCGGCGGGAUUCUGGUCGCUCUUGCAGAAGCGCGUGAUGUGGCAGAUCUGCGCCUUCCGCUUCAUCAGCCAGGUGCUGACCAACAUCAGCUCGACGGCGGACUCGCCCAUGUCGAGUACGUGGGCCAGGGUCGAGCCGCUCAACAGCUCGUUGGCCGGGAUCGCAGGCAGUGCCAUCUUUGCCGGCAUCAUGGUCGUCGUCGGCAAGUGGGGGCUGCACUGGAACUGGCGCUGGGUCAUCGCGAUCUGCACUGUGUCCGUGCUGCUGCUCGAUGGGAUCACCACGUACUUUACCAUCUGGGACGUUGUGCGCAACCAGUGGUUCUACACCGGGUUUGCCUUGUCCGAGAACAUUCCUGGCGGCAUCCGCUUCGUCGUGUCCACGUACUGCGCCGUGGAGAUUGCCGACGUCGGGAACGAAGGGGCCACGUUUGGCUUGGUCACGACCGUCAACAACUUGGCGUCGCCGUUCGGGUCCAUGCUCACGCGCUACGUCAACUCGUUCUUCAAGGUGUCCCAGAACGACUUGCGCGAAGACUCGACCGCGGUGCGGUGGGACGUCACGUACACGUUCUUCAUCUCGUACGCGUGCCGCCUCUCCGCGUUGGCGUUCCUCUUCAUGCUGCCUCCUCAGCGCGGCCCGAUGCAGGAGCUCAAGCGGAAGGGGGGUCACAGCAAGUUGGCCGGCGCCGUCUUGAUCCUCGUCUUCUUCGGCACGCUCUCCAUCGCAGUCACGUCCAGCAUCAUGGCCAUCUACCCCGAGACGCGCUGCCUGCGCAUUGCCGGGGGCAACGGGAUCACCGACCCCAAGACCGGCAAGUGUCCUGUUGUUGCCAGCCGCAAGGGUUAAGCAAUGUGUUUCUAAAGUAUUGGUGUGGUGGUAUCGUCAAGUUAGUGUGCAAUGUUGAGUGUGGUUCGUUCGCCGUCCGAGAGGUUCAUCGAGACCAGCGCGGGGGAGGUGCCCAUUGCUUUGGGGAUGUCGCGCCAUGUACACGGAGACCUGGGGGAGGCUCUCUGCAAGUGAUGCCAUGUGCAGGGUGACGGGGGGAGGUUGGACCAUCGCUUGUUGUGCACAUCGCCACGCUUUGGCAGUUCUCCUGUUUUGAAGGUCUGUGUGAUGAAUCGAUCAAGGGACUACCAGACCGCGUCGUGCGUCCAC